AAACCGUUCGAGAAAUACUUGACACUGCUGGAGUCAGCUGGCUCACGAACAGCGUUCAUCAACAGUGCGUAUACUCUUUUGAAGACGUACGAUUUUGACGGCCUUGACCUAGCUUGGCAGUUCCCGCAAUCGAAGCCGAAACGCGUUCGCGGAUUGUCGGGCAAACUGUGGCACGGCUUCAAGAAACUGUUCACCGGUGACAGCAUCCUGGACCCGAAGGCGGAAGAACAUCGUGAGGAAUUUACUGCACUGGUUCGCGACUUGAACAACGCAUUCGUGCAUGAUAAGUUCCGAGUGGGCUUCACCCAACUGCCGCAUGUCAAUGAAUCAGUUUUCCUGAACAUUCCGCUGCUGAAGGAUAAUUUUGAGUACAUCAAUAUUGCCGCGUACGAUCAGCAAACUCCGGAACGAAACCCCAAGGAAGCUGACUACACGGCGCCGAUCUAUGAACCAUCGGAACGGGCCGAGGGCAAUAACGUGCAGGCCAAGGUGAAAGCGUGGCAUUCGGCUGGAACUCCGCUGGAUAAGAUUGUCGUUGGCUUGGCCACUUACGGCCGUGGCUGGAAACUGACGGAAGAGUCGGGCAUAACCGGCAGGCCUCCGAUUCGCGCCGACGGUCCUUCACCGGCUGGGCUUCACACGCAAAUACCCGGAUACUAUAGCUUCGGUGAAGUGUGCGCCUUGCUGCCUAAUCCAACCAACGCUAACAUGCAGGGUGCCGAUUACCCGCUGCGUAAGAUAAACGAUUUCAGCAAGCGCUUUGGUCCGUAUGCAUUCCGUAUUCCGGACGAGAACGAAGAACACGGUAUCUGGCUGUCGUAUGAGGAUCCCGAGAGCGCUGGCAAUAAGGCGGCGUACGUGAAGGCGAAGGGAUUGGGCGGAAUUUCUAUCAACGAUCUGGCGAUGGAUGAUUUCCGUGGUGUAUGUUACGGCGACAAGUUCCCGAUUCUGCGUGCUGCCAAGAAUCGAUUGUGA